AUGCGCGCGUCUGUAUCCGCCAACGCUUGCGCGCGCCCGAACCUCGCCGAGCGCACGCGAGGGUCGAGACGUGGACGAGGUUUCUUGACCUCGGCGCGAGCGAAGAGUUCGAGCGUCGCCGCCGUUGUCGUCAAGGCGAGGACGGCGAAUGCGUCGCGUUGGGUGAGCCCACAUGCGACGUGGACGGCGUCAAGAACGGCGCGGUCGCGCACGCGCGCGGUGCGAGCGAGCGCGGUGCUCACGGGAGAAGGUGACCAGGAGGAGCGGGACAGAAAUGCGGGGAGACUUCUGCUCGUCAGCGUCGCCGCGAUGUACGGAACGCUGAGUGUUUGCCUGAAGAUGGUGUUUGAGACCGCUGGGGCGCCCACGGCCGGGGUGUUGGGCGGUAUUCGAGGGUUGAUGACGGUGCUGUGCUUCACACCCAUGCUCCUCGCAAAGGGCUCAAAGGGCGGACCAGAGUACACGCAGGGCGCCGGUUUCUGGCGCGCAGCGUGCGAGUUGGCGCUGUGGAACCUCGGUAAUCAGGGUUUGUGCAACGUUGCUCUGCUGUUCACGGACGCCACGCGGGUGAGUUUCUUCACACAAGCCUCCAUUGCGUUCACACCCUUCAUCGCGAGUAUUGGCGGGGAUAAAGUGCGACGCAUGACUUGGCUCGGGUGCGUGCUCGCGUUCGUCGGCGUCGCCGUCCUAGGUAUGGAUGGUGGCGCGAGCACUGAGCUCGCGGGAUUCGCUAGUAGCUUCAAUUUUGGUGAUUUACUCUCUAUUGCAGGCGCGGCAUCUUAUUCAAUGUAUGUCUACCGAAUCGGACACUUCGCUAAGGCAGGUUUCUACGGACAGGGAUUGCAGGUGUGGAAGAACGCGUUUUUGGCAGCCAUGUACGGUGGUUGGGCACUCUACGACAUCUUCGCCUUCUCCAGCGGCGUCCCAGGCGCCGCCGUUCCGUUUGCCGCGUGGGGUAACCUGAAGAUUUGGGCACUCCUCGCGUUCUCUGCCGUCAUUCCGGGUUGCCUCGCGGAUUUGACGCAAUCCAAGGGUCAGGAGACCGUCUCCGCCUCCGAGAGCUCUGUAUUACUCGCCGGUGAGCCGCUCUUCGCGGCUCUUUUCGGUGCAAUCACUCUAGGUGAGUUCUUGGGUCCAAUGGGCUACGCAGGCGGUUCUCUGAUCGUUCUCGGCGGGCUCGUGGCGAGCGGCGUCUUCGGAUCGAAAAAGGUGGAAGCGUGA